GACGUCGACAGGCUGGCCCAAGCCACCCUUGGAGCGAGGUACGCCGCCGAGCUCAAGCAUCAUUUCGAGGGCGAGGAGGCCGUCCAGGUUACCCUGGCCAUCGAGCUCUUCUCAAAGCUUGCCGCCGCGAGCAAGGCCCGCAUUGAGGCGGCCAAGCGGGCGGCGGAGGGCGGGUCACCAGCAGCCGCGGGAAGGGACGCCAUGCAGGAGGAGGGCGAUGACUUCGACGCCCGAGUGGAGGCUCUUGAUGGGGCCAAACGAGCCGAGGUCGAGCGUUUCCUCGAGUCGCACGGCUGCUCCUUGCCCAAGCGCCUGCGCCUCCCAGCGGGCUCCGCUGCAGGCAAAGGCGCGGCAGGGGCAGCAGAGAAGAGCGAGGACCAGGCCCACUGA